AUGGACGCACGGCCCUUUAGACCGCGCGGCAGCGAGAACAUGCAGCAACUCCUUCAUCAGCGCCACAAAUCAGCAGGAGCUGUUGGCACCGCUCUGGCAGUCCCUGUGGCUGGAUUCAAAGGCCCCGCUAAACGUGCUGCCUUUGGUGAUGUGACGAACGUGUCCAAGUCUCUGGGAGGACGUGGUGAGGAGGCCAAGGGUAUCAAAAAGGCCGCCAUGGUGUCCACGAAUCACGCGUCCGCAUCCUUUCUGAAUAAGGAAAACGCGGUAAAGACUAGCAAAGAUUCCCUCUCCCGACCUGCACAGCGACCCGCAGCUCUGGCCGGCAACAAAUCCAAGCUCACGACGACGGAAGCUCGUGCGGAGCCUCUGCAGAAGAAGCCCGCAAACAUUCCCGCAAAAGAGUCUGCUUAUAAACUCGAUAUCGAUAUCCCCCAGCUACACAGCAGCAAGACCAAGAGCAAUGCCGUUACGCAGAAGAAGAGUUCCUCCGCUCAAGCCGCCCCCGAGGCGCAUUCGAAGCAGCCUCGUCAUCACAAGAGCCAGCCGCAACUCAAACAGCAACCACCAACCCUGCGGAGAACCCAGAGCAAGGUCGAGAAGGUCGAGAAGAUUGAACGCGUUCCCAAUCGGCCAAAUCUUAUUGAAAUCGAUAUCGAACCUCUAGCAAUGCCUGCCCUGAUUGAAGAUUUCUUGAACAGCGACGAUUCUUAUCUAGACUCGCUCAAUUGCCCACCUGAGGAGGCCCCACGUGCAGACGUGAAUCACGAUGACAGCCAUGUUGAGGUGUUGGCCAAGCUCCCGAAUAUCUCCGAGGAACCCGCCAUUAAUAUCGAAACUUACAAGGAGGGCCUCACUCUCGCACUCUCCGAAGCCGAGGAAUACUGGGACGAAGAGGAUGAGGAAUAUGACGAUCAAGAUCAGGGUUACACGACGGCUCAUUCGACUCGAUCCCGCGACAUGACGUUAGGAAACGCCACGACCAUUCUCGCUCCACGAGUAACCAGCCGUGUGCAGUGUGAACUAGACGAAGCUAGAAUCGAGGUCGAGCAGACCAUAACCCCGGAAGAGAUUGACGAGGAGAUGUGGGAUGUCAGCAUGGUUGCCGAGUACGGCGAGGAGAUUUUUGAGUAUUUGAGAGAAAUGGAGAUGAAGAUGCUCCCUAAUGCCCAUUAUAUGGAAAUGCAAACAGAGAUCCAGUGGUCCAUGCGGACUGUCCUUAUGGACUGGCUGGUGCAGGUGCAUCACCGCUUCAAUCUCUUGCCAGAGACACUUUUCCUUACUGUCAACUACAUCGACCGGUUCCUGUCCUGCAAGAUUGUUUCUAUCGGAAAGCUGCAGCUGGUGGGGGCCACGGCCAUCUUGGUUGCGUCCAAGUACGAAGAAAUCAACUGCCCGUCAUUAGACGAGAUAGUCUACAUGGUGGACAGCGGUUACACAACGGAGGAUAUCCUAAAAGCUGAGCGUUUCAUGCUUAGCAUGCUCGGGUUUGAGCUGGGAUGGCCAGGCCCCAUGAGCUUCUUGCGACGAGUCAGCAAGGCCGACGAUUAUGAUCUCGAUACCCGAACUUUGGCUAAGUAUUUCUUGGAGCUCACUAUUAUGGAUGAGCGUUUUGUGGCCUCACCCCCGAGCUUUCUUGCUGCCGGUGCGCACUGCCUCUCUAGGCUUAUCUUGAACAAGGGCGAAUGGACCAAGCGCCACGUUCACUACUCUGGUUAUACUUGGAGCCAGCUCAAAUCGCUGGUGACAAUAAUGAUUGAGUGCUGUGAAAACCCCGUCAAGCAUCACGGAGCCGUGUUUGAGAAAUAUCGAGAGAAGCGAUUCAAGGAGGCGUCAGUUCAGGUCCAGAACGCCCUCGACGCUGGAUUCACGCUCCCGCACCACUCGACACCUGUUCGUCGCCUGCAACCAGCCCGCGUCCCAAGUGCUACCGAACUGCAGUAUGUGAGCCGUCUCAUCUCCAUAGAAGGGUGA